CUAACGCCUCCUCACAGCCCUGAUGACUGAGUCCUAACUUCAGUUCCCAUGGAGCCCUCUCAGUGCGCAUCCACGGCACUGGAGCGCUUAUCUUUCAAUAACACUGCGUUGAAAAAGCUGCCGGUGGAUGACUCGGAUGAGCCCGGGUCCCGAACGGUCCAAGCGGCAUGUUUCUCCAGAAUCCGGGCUCUGCAGCCCCUGGUGCGCCCGACCUUCGUGGCCCAGUCCCAGUCUGCGCUGGCUCUGCUCGGCCUGACUGUGCAGGAAGUGUUGGGUAAUCCUGUGGGGCCGGAGUAUCUGAGCGGCUCCAGGCUGCUGCCGGGCUCCCAGCCGGCUGCGCACUGUUACAGCGGACACCAGUUCGGACUGUUUGCGGGACAGCUGGGGGAUGGAGCGGUGAUGUAUCUGGGGGAGGUGGAGUCCGGCACCCAUGGGCGAUGGGAGAUUCAGGUGAAAGGCGCAGGAGUGACACCUUACUCCAGAGAUGGCGAUGGCAGGAAAGUGCUUCGCUCCAGCAUCAGGGAGUUCCUAUGCAGCGAGGCCAUGGCUGCCCUGGGGAUACCCAGCACCCGUGCAGCCUCCCUUGUGACCUCUGACCUUUACGUCAGCAGAGAUCCACUCAACAGUGGCAGGCGCAUUUCUGAGCGCUGCUCAGUCGUCCUGCGUGUCGCCCCUUCCUUCAUCAGAUUUGGUUCUUUUGAGAUCUUUCUAGGCCGCGAUGAUUUCUCAGGUCUGCAGGGUCCCAGUGCAGGGCGGCAUGACAUUCGCGCUCAGCUGCUGGAUUACGUCAUUGAGACUUUUUAUCCUUGCAUCCAUCAGGCUCAUAGUGACCGGAAAGACAGGAAUAUGGCUUUCUUUAGAGAGGUGAUGAUGAGAACCGCUAAGCUAGUGGCCCAGUGGCAGUGUGUUGGUUUUUGCCAUGGUGUCCUUAACACAGACAACAUGAGCAUCUUGGGUCUCACUCUGGAUUAUGGCCCCUUUGGUUUCAUGGACAGAUUUGAUCCAGAUUUCGUUUGCAACUCCUCUGACAAGAGAGGGCGGUACUCCUAUCAAGCCCAACCAUCUGUGUGUCGCUGGAACCUGGCUCGUCUGGCAGAGGCAUUGGGCUCUGAGCUGGAUGCAGCUGAGGCAGGGGCUGUCCUGGAUGAAUUCAUGCCAGCAUAUGAAGCCUUCUACUUGUGUAUCAUGAGAAAAAAACUGGGCCUUGUGAGAAAAGAAGAGGCAGAGGACAGGGAGCUCAUAUCAGACCUGCUGCGCCUCAUGCACAACACUGGUGCAGAUUUCACCAACACCUUCCGCCUGCUGAGCCAUGUCCCCUGGCCUGAGGAGGGCGAGAAUGAGAGGGCCACAGUGGGGCCAUUAGUGGACCUCAUCCUAGAGCAGUGUGCCUCUAUUGAGGAGCUUAAGCAUUUUGGGGAAAAAUCUAACCAAGACAAUAUUGAGCUGGCGAUGAUUCUGUCCAUGGCACAAACCAACCCAGUCAUGUUUGGGAUGGUGGCAGACAGUCCAGCUGUGUCUCAGCAACUGGAACGGAUGGGACGGCUAAAGGAGCUGCUCGAGACAGAUCAGGAUGAGCUUAAGAAAAAGCAGCGCGAUGACUGGAUUUGCUGGGUUAGCCGAUACAGGAGGCGUUUAGCCAGGGAGUGUGAUGGCACAAGCGACUUGUCUCUCAUCAAAAAGGAGAGGCUCAGUGUGAUGAACAACACCAACCCCCAAGUUGUCCUACGCAACUACAUCGCCCAGAAUGCAAUUCAGGCUGCAGAAAAGGGAGACUUCUCGGAGGUCAACAGGGUCCUCAAAGCUCUGGAGACACCAUAUUCUGAUGCAGUUGGGCCAGAGCCUUUGGAUGGACUUAAUGCGUGUGGUGAAAAGGAGCAGAACAUGAGAGAGCCUGCCUACAGCAGGAAACCUCCUGCCUGGGCACAAAGGAUUUGUAUCACCUGAUCAUCUUAGAGCCUCCCAGACAAGUUAAAGAGAGAGGUCUGUUUCCGCUGGUGGACCAUUUCAGAGCAAACAAGAUGUGGCUGACUGCUACUACUGUUGCUGCUCUCCACUCCCACCUCAGACUUUCUUUCCUGAUCCCUGAAAGGAGGAUGUUAUAUAACCAAGUGUGUUCCAGGGUUUAUCAGCCUGUUCAUAGAUCUGUUUGUGUGAUCAUGAUGAUUUUAUUGCAGUGUUUAAAGCUGUUGAAGAGUAAUACAUAGACUGUGUUCCUUACGUUGAAUUUGACUAAAUUUGACAGAAUCCUUACAAGUAGUCAAUGAAUUUGCUGAUGAAGUAUGAUGGCUCAGAUGACCAGUCACACGAUGACCUGUCUGGGCCUGAAACACCAGGAACACACUGACAUCAAUUAAUUACAGAAAGUGGACUCAUAAAGUCAACGUGUCAAGUCAUAGAUAUGAGAACACUGAUUACCAUUAUUUUUUUGAAGCUACUGUAACUAGGAAAUGUAAAAUGAUUGUUGGGAUUUUACGUCUAACAUUCUCAUGAAGUUUGAAAUAAAAGAUCACAUGCUGU